AUGGCGACCAGCAGCUCAGUAGUAGUACUGGCCGUCCUGGCCACCGUCGCCGCGCUGGUCUCCCCGGCCAUGUCCCUUCCCGUCUUCACCGGCGACGUCGGCGUCUCUCCGGGCUUCCACGCCGCGUCGUGUCCGCAGCUGGACGGCGUCGUGCGGUCGUCCGUGGUGGCGGCGCUGCGGCAGGAGGUGGCGCUGGCGGCGGGCCUGCUCCGGCUCUACUUCCACGACUGCUUCCCGCAGGGCUGCGACGCCUCCAUCCUCCUCAACACCACCUCCGCCCGCGAGACGGCGCUGCUCCCCAACCUCACCAUCCGGCCGCGCGCCAUGCAGCUCAUCGAGUCCAUCCGCGCCAGGGUGCACGCCACCUGCGGAUCCGUUGUGUCAUGCGCCGACAUCACCCUGCUCGCCACCCGCGAUAGUAUCAUCGUGUCCGGCGGGCCCUGGUUCUCCGUGCCGCAGGGCAACCUCGACAGCCUGGCCCCGGCGUCACGGGACAAGGUGUCCAACCUCCCGUCGCCCCUGACGGCCAGCGUGGCCGCGCUGGUGGAGUCCUUCGGCACCCGGGGCCUCGGCGACGUGGCCGACCUCGUGGCGCUCUCCGGCGCGCACACCAUCGGGCGGUCGCACUGCGGCAGCUUCGCCGACCGGUACCGGCGCGCGGACGACACCUUCUCGCGGAAGCUGGCGGCCAACUGCAGCAAGCACCCGGACCGGCUGCAGAAUCUGGACGUGGUCACCCCCGACCUGUUCGACAACGGCUACUACAAGGCGCUGCGGUUCAACCAGGGCGUGCUCACCUCCGACAUGGCGCUCGUCAAGAAUAAGACCACGGCGGCCAUCGUGAAGCGGUUCGCCCAGAGCAAGGACGCCUUCUUCCGGCAGUUCGCCAGGUCCAUGGAGAAGCUCGCCAGGGCGCCCAAGCCGGCGGGCAACGUGGGCGAGAUCCGGCGCUUCAGCUGCUUCAGGACCAAUGCCCAAUGCGCCGACGCUGCCGUGGACGCUGCCGGUGAGGAGGAGGAGGGCUUCGCCGCCUCCGCCUGA